AAAUACAGCCAAGCUGGUGUCUGGCUGGCUGUGGGAGGCUUGGAGUGCUGACUUCUGAGGUGGUACCAGGCUCCUUCAACCCGCUCUGCCUGAGGGUCCCAGGGCUCCGUAACCACCAGGAAGCUAAAGGAUUUGCCAGUGAAGGACGGAGAACCUGAAAGGCUCCCGGUGCCACAAGCCCACAACUCCUGCUGGGAGAUGGGCUCAGUUCCCAAACUAGCCACAGACGGGAAGCCUAGCACACGCUCACUGGGGACAGUCGGUGCCUGACUCAGCUGCUUGGAGCACCCACGCACAGGGUGAGUGUGCUUGGCCUUGGUGGAGCCCCAGAUGGUGGCUCCAGGCUCAUUCACCUGCUGUACCAUGCCAGGUACUCCACGGAGGAUACAGCCCCCAGGACAUGCCAUCCUUGCUCAGCCUCCCCUGUGCCUGCUCUGCCCAUAACCACAGGUCUUCAGCUACACUUGGACCGACACCAGGUUCCAGGUACAGGGACAGCCUGAGCAGGAUGAUGUAGGUGGUAAAGUCGGCCGCCCACCACCUCCCAUGGAACCCUCCUGACCUGGGUCCCAGGAUGCUCUGCCCCGGCCUCACAGCAGCAGGCUGGCCUACUGAUUCCCAUCAGCCCCAAAGACAAGCUGGCCAGCUUAGCCCGCAGGCAGCCACUGUGUAAGGUACAGGAAGCUGCCCUGUGCCUCAGUGACAUCUGUGCAGUGCAGACACAAACAUGGGACACAAAGUCUUAGCCAAAGGCCCAGCAUAGCCUUUCCUCAAAGUAUUUAAGGGAAAAGUGGCAGGCGCCAGGCCUGGCUGGUGACAUGCUCACAUCUAAAGCAGAGCGUCUCUUUUCUCUGGGCCCUGACUCCAGGCUGCAGUUCUUGUCUUUGAGGCACACACUGAGAGGCAGCAGGUGACAGUUCAAGUGACCGAGGCCCUGCCACCUGGGUGGGAAGACCUGUAUGGAAUCCUGGCACCCAGCCUGUCCUUGCACUGCUCUGGCCAUCAUGGGCCUUUGAGGCAAGAACCAGCAAGUGGAGGUCUCUCUCUGUGUUUCUCUAAGUGACGCUGCCUCUCUUGGCCUCUCAAACAAACAACUUUUUUUAAAAGAAGUAUGUAAGGGGCGGUAGCCCUUCCUAUGCUCCUACCCCUGGCAUCUAAGAAAGGCCAGUAUAGUGCCAUUGAACUUAACUUGUCAGACCUUGCCUAGUACGACAGUGCUUUUGUGGGGACAGGAUAGAAAAAAGGCACUAUAGGGGCUUCUGGUCUCCCUGGGGGCUCCUGCGCCCCAGGGCUUGAAGGUCUCUGGACUCUCUCUCCCUAUCUCUUGCUUUCUCUGACCUGGCUCUGCUGGUUGCCUGCCUGCCUGCUCCCCACAGCAGGAAGCACAUGGCCAACAGGCAGGCUGGGUGGGUGGGGCAGGAGCUCUGGACAGAUGUUGCAAUCCUGGAGAUUUGCGAUGGUGUGGCCACCGCUGGCUGCCUGACCCCAGGACUGGCCUCCUGCACCAUUACUGCUUCCUGGGACCAUCCCAAGACUGGAUGUGCAAACCCCAGAAUCCUGAGUCCUCUGGCAAGAAUUGACAGAGGCAAGAAGUCGGUCUGUGAAGAAUGGCCUGUCCAGGGCAGAGGCCUGGGGAGCCAGGGCAGGCAGAAGUCCUAUGGCAAGGAGAGGCACAGGGCCCUCCUGCAGCGCUGUGCUGUGCUGUGCUGCUUUUUGGAGAAGUUACUCAACCUUCCUGUGUUUCCCAAUUCCCUUCCCCCUUGCCUGUGCCUAGGCUUGCUGUAGGCCUGGCUGCAGGCCAGGGUCACCAGCCUCCUAGGCCCCCAGCAGGCUGCUUUUCCGAACAGAAAAUGCAGAGCACAGCCAACUACCUGUGGCACACAGAAGACUUGCUGGGCCAGGGCGCCACAGCCAGCGUGUACAAGGCCCGCAACAAGAAAUCUGGGGAGUUGGUGGCUGUGAAGGUCUUCAACACAGCCAGCUACCUGCGGCCCCGGGAGGUGCAAGAGAGGGAGUUUGAAGUCCUGAGAAAACUGAACCACCAAAACAUCGUCAGGCUCUUUGCGGUGGAGGAGACGGGGGGCAGCCGGCAGAAGGUGCUGGUGAUGGAGCACUGUUCGGGAGGCAGUCUACUGAAUGUGCUUGAGAGUCCCGAGAACGCCUUUGGGCUGCCGGAGGACGAGUUCCUGGUGGUCCUGCGCUGCGUGGUGGCUGGCAUGAACCACCUGCGGGAGAAUGGUGUGGUGCACCGCGACAUCAAGCCCGGGAACAUCAUGCGCCUGGUGGGCCGCGAGGGCCAGAGCAUCUAUAAGCUCACGGACUUCGGCGCCGCCCGCCGGCUGGAUGACGACGAGAAGUUCGUCUCUGUCUAUGGGACGGAGGAGUACCUGCACCCUGACAUGUAUGAGCGGGCAGUGCUACGCAAGCCCCCACAGAAGGCAUUCGGGGUCACGGUGGACCUCUGGAGCAUUGGGGUGACCCUGUACCAUGCAGCCACUGGCAGCUUGCCCUUCAUACCCUUUGGGGGGCCUCGGCGCAACAAGGAGAUCAUGUACCGGAUCACCACCGAGAAACCAUCCGGGGCCAUCGCAGGGACACAGCGGAGGGAGAACGGCCCCCUGGAGUGGAGCUACACCCUGCCGGUCACCUGCCGGCUAUCCAUGGGGCUGCAGGGCCGGCUGGUGCCCAUCCUGGCCAACAUCCUGGAAGUGGAGCAGGCCAAGUGCUGGGGCUUCGACCAGUUCUUUGCGGAGACCAGCGACAUCCUGCAGCGUGACGUCGUCCACGUCUUCUCCCUGCCGCAGGCGGAGCUGCACCACGUCUAUGUCCACGCCCACAACACGGUCGCCAUCUUCCUGGAGGCUGUGUCUGAGCAGACCCACGUGGCCUCCCAGCACCAGGAGUACCUCUUCGAGGGCCACCUCUGUGUCCUGGAGCCCGGCCUCUCGGCUCAGCACCUUAUGCACACGACAGCCAGCAGCCCCCUCACCCUGUUUGGUGUGACCAGUGAGACCCCGAAGGGGCUGGCCUUCAGGGACCCUGCCCUGGAUAUCCCCAAGUUUGUCCCCAAAGUGGACCUGCAGGCAGAUUACAGUGCAGCCAAGGGAAUGCUGGGUACUGGCUACCAGGCCCUGCGGCUGGCACGGGCCAUGCUGCACGCGCAGGAGCUGAUGCUUCGGGGCCUGCACUGGGUCGUGGAAGUGCUGCAGGUCUCAUGCAGGCAGACGCUGGAGGUCACGCGGACAGCCCUGCUCUUCCUCAGCAGCAGCCUGGGCGCGGAGAGGUUGGACAGUGCAGCUGAGAUGCGCAAGGGGCAGGAGCCAGAGGAGGCUGCAGAGCUGAGGUCCAAGCUGCGUACUCAGGCCAGGCUCCUCUCCAGCUGUUCUCAAAGCGUCAUGGAGAACCAGGCAUGCCUGAACAGUCUGCGCAGGGAGCUGGUGAAGGCGAGGGAUCAGGUACAUGCCGACAGAAGCCUCCAGCAAAUCCAGUGCUGUCUGGACAAGAUGAACCUCAUCUACAAGCAGUUCAAGAAGUCCAGGCUGAGCCCGGGGCUUGGCUACAAUGAGGAACAGAUCCACAAGCUGGACAAGGUGAAUUUCAGUCACCUGGCCAAGAGGCUGCUGCAGGUGUUCCAGGAGGACUGUGUGCACAAGUACCAGGCUGCCCUCGCUGCCCACGGCAAGCGGAUGAGGGAGGUGCACACGACCAGGAACAACCUGCGGCUGGUUGACUGUUCUGUGGCCGCCUGUAACACGCGAGCCCAGGGUGCCCAGGAGGGCCUCAGCAAGAUGCUGGACCAGCUCCUGCAGGCUCAGGCCUUGCCAUCCUCCUCGGCUUCUAACCCCAGCCCCGCAUCCCAGGACUUAGCUCUCAACAUGCAGGAGCUGUGCCGUGAGAUGAAGAUGGUGGCCUUUGACCUCCAAGACAACAACUGCAUCAUCGAACGGUUGGGGAAGGUCGUAUCAACCCAGGACACCUGAGCUCUGCGGGGAGCCAGCAGCGCCACUGGCAGCCAGUUCCUCGGCACUACAGGACCCAGCCCAGGGCGGGAUUGGGCCUGUCACAGCAGCCUACCUCCCUCCUGGCCACUGGCCAGGAGACAUCUCCCCAGCAUUACCGUACGCUGCCUGUCCCCUGAGAAGCAGCACAGGCCUGACUGCCGCACAAGGCUAGAGAGUCUGGCUGACCUGGAUGUCUCUUCCCGCACUUCUCCAUCGCCAGGACUAGAGGACCGAGCCCAACGGGACCACCAAGAGAAGAGGCUGUCCCAGGCCCUCCCACCCCUCUGGCUGACAAAGCUCUGCUCUUCAAGGAAGCAGAGAGGGCGACGGGUCACAUGACCUGACCUGCUCCAU